AUGACAGCUUCCAAACGAGUCACCGUCGUCACCUCGGACAACAGACGCUUCAGCAUCGAACAGGCUCUUGCUGAGAGAUCUGGGGUGAUUAGAAACAUCCUUUGCGACAUGAAUGGCGACCAGGACGACCAGGACGACGACAACAGCGACAUGAAGGAGAUUCCUUUGCCUGAGGUUAAUGCUCAGACGUUAGCUGCUAUCUUGCGCUGGUGCAGCCACCACAAGAGCCUGAGGUUCCCAGAGUACAAGGACAACGAGGAAAUCGUGGGUGUGGCUCUCGACAAGUGGGACAGGCAGUUCUUGGAGACGUUGGACCAGAAGCUCUUGUACGACGUGGUAUUGGCCUCAGACUACCUCAACAUCAAGCCCUUAUUGGUUUCGGGUUGCAAGGUCUUGGGGCUUCUGAUGAAGUCGAAGACUCCUGAGCAGAUCAGACAGCUUUUCAACAUCAAGAAGGAUCUUUCAGCUGAGCAGGAGGCCCAGAUCCAGAAGGAGAACGAGUGGGCUUUAUGA